AUGGAUGUGAAUAAUGCCUUUCUUCUUGGAGAACUUGAUUGUGAGAUAUAUAUGGAGCAGCCAAAAGGGUUUGAAAGUCAAAAUCAUCCAAAUUAUGUUUGCAAAUUACGGAAAGUUUUACAUGCAUUAAAACAAGCACCACGAGCGUGGUAUGGAAAGAUAGCUGAGUUUUUAGUCCGAUCUGGAUUUUCAAUUACAUCAGCAGAUUCAAGCUUAUUUAUAAAAACUCAAAAUAGUAAGAUCUCCAUUGUUCUUGUUUAUGUAGAUGAUCUCAUCAUCGCUGGAGAUGAUGAAAGAGAUAAUCAAAGGAUAAAAGAGAACCUUUCUAUACGGUUCCAAAUGAAAGAGCUUGGAGAGCUCAGACAUUUUCUUGCGCUAGAACUUGAAAAAGUAAAAGAUGGAAUGUUUCUCUAUCAGCACAAAUACACAAAGGAUCUCUUAGAGAAGUAUGGAAUGGUCGACUACAAACCUAUUUCUAAACCAAUAGAUCUGAAUGCAAAGCUACAUGCAGAUGAAGGAGAAGAACUAAAAGAACCGACGAUGUACCGACAACUAGUAGGUAAUUUAAUCUACCUAACAAUGACUUGUCCUGAUAUAACCUUUGCAGUUGGAGUGAUGAGUCGUUUCAUGCAGAAUCCCAAGAAACCUCAUCUUCAAACAGUUCGUCGAAUCCUACGAUAUGUGAAAGGAACUGCUGACUUUGGAAUUCUUUACGAAAAGAAAGAAGAAUGUCAAGUUUCUGGAUUCUGUGAUGGUGAUUAUGCAGGAGAUCUGACAACAAGAAGAUCCACAUCAGGAUACAUUUUCAAACUUGGUUCAAGGGCAAUAUCAUGGUGCAGUAAGAGACAACCAACAGUGUCCUUAUCAACAGAAAUGGCAACACAAGAAAGCACUUGGUUAUCACAACUACUAAGAGACAUGCAUCAACAAAUUGACAAACCAAUUUCAUUAUAUUGUGAUAAUCUAUCUGCAAUAGUUUCCGGUAUUCCAUGCAAGGACAAAACAUGUUGA